AUGGAGAAGUCGUUGUUUGACUUGUUCAGGGACGGCCUGCUGUUCGAUUCAACACUUUCGAACAAGCUGGUGCACUGGAAUCAGAGUAGUGACUGUUGCAGCUGGGGUGGAGUGGCAUGUGAUGUUGUUGGCCAUGUUAUCAGCCUGGAGCUAGAUAAUGAGACAAUAUCAAUUCCACUUGGUUUGUCGAGAAUGAAGAGCUUGGUUACUCUUGAUCUCUCCAACCGUUUACCAGACCGGAGAAUACAGAUAAAGAAUAUCCGGGAGGGGAAGUUUGCCAGAGUUUCCCAACCAGGGGUCCUUCACCGAGAUCAUCCUCACAACUAUCUUGGAGGAUCCAUUCCAAAGUUCAUUUUUGAACUCAAAAGGCUUACUGUCCUAUCAAUUUCAUGGAACACUUUUAGUGGAACUGUAAGUCUAGAAAUGUUCCAGGGGCUCCCUCAUCUUUCUGAACUUGACCUUUCUUACAACAAUUUGUCAAUAGAUGCAAGUAGCAAUACAGGGCAGAUUCCAAACUGGAUUUGGGAUGUUGGAGGAGGAUAUCUUGAGCAGCUAAACCUUUCUUUCAAUCUUUUAGCAGAAAUUCAAAAGCCGUACACCAUUCCUUCUGCUCUCCUUGUGCUAGACUUACAUGCCAAUCAGCUCAGGGGUGAAAUACCCACUCCACCGCUGCAAUUCAUAUAUCUAGACUACUCUAGCAACAAUUUUAACCCAUCUAUUCCACCCAACAUAGGUGAUUACUUGUCCUAUGCUGUUUUCCUUUCUCUUUCAAAUAAUAGCAUCACUGGAGCUAUCCCUGAAUCCAUAUGCAAUGCAACUUAUAUAGAAGUUCUUGAUUUGUCUAAAAAUGCCCUGAGUGGUAAAUUACCAGCUUGUCUUCUAGGAAUGGAGUUUCUUGGGGUAUUAAACCUAGGGGAAAAUAACCUUCACGGUCUGAUUCCUAAUGCAUUCCCAGACAAAUGUAGCCUAAGAACCUUAGACCUCAGGAUGAAUGCCCUUGAAGGGAAGAUACCAAGAUCGUUGCAAAAUUGCAAACAGUUGCAAGUUCUCAAUGUUGGGAAAAAUAAAAUGGAAGACACAUUUCCAUGCAUGUUGAUGAAAGCAACAGAUUUGCUAGUCCUUGUUCUGCGAUCCAACAGGUUUCAAGGUGAAACUGUCUGUCCUCGGUACAAUCACAGUUGGACAAGUCUUCAAAUUUUGGACAUUGCUCACAACAACUUUAGUGGUGCUUUGUCCCCAAAACACUUCUUCAAUUGGAGAGUAAUGAUGACUGAGGAAGAUAAUGAAGCAAAGUACCUGCAAUUUGGCUUCAUGGAACUCAGUAACUUAUAUUACAAGGAUGCUGUGACACUGACUAUUAAAGGGCUUGAACUCGAGCUUGUUAAGAUUCUGAAGUGUACAAAGUUAUUGAUUUCUCAGGCAAUAAAUUCCACGGGCAGAUACCGAUGA